UUCUUCCACUUCCCCUCCUCCUUGUUCGGGCUGCGCUCUCGCCGGAAGCGCUCCGCAGUCUCGCGAGAGGCGGCGAGGCCGUUGAUAGUGGUGGCGCUAUCUCUCUCAGGAGAUUCGCUUCGCUCCUCUUUUCUCCUCCGCGUCUGGGCCCUGCCUGGAAGCCGCCGCCAUGUCCCGCUACUUGCGCCCCCCCAACACCUCGCUGUUCGUGCGGAAUGUGGCCGACGACACCAGGUCUGAAGACUUGCGUCGUGAGUUUGGUCGUUAUGGGCCGAUAGUUGAUGUGUACGUUCCACUUGAUUUCUACACUCGUCGUCCAAGAGGAUUUGCUUACGUUCAAUUUGAAGAUGUCCGUGAUGCUGAAGAUGCCCUCCAUAAUUUGGACCGGAAGUGGAUUUGUGGCCGGCAGAUAGAAAUCCAGUUUGCGCAGGGUGAUCGGAAAACUCCAAAUCAAAUGAAAGCCAAGGAAGGGAGAAACGUGUACAGUUCUUCUCGCUAUGAUGACUAUGACAGAUAUAGGCGAUCUAGAAGCCGGAGUUAUGAAAGAAGGAGGUCUAGAAGUCGUUCUUUUGAUUACAACUAUAGAAGAUCUUAUAGUCCUAGAAACAGUAGACCUACUGGAAGACCUCGGCGUAGCAGGAGCCGUUCGGACAAUGAUAGGUUCAAACACCGCAAUCGAUCUUUUUCAAGAUCUAAGUCCAAUUCAAGAUCACGAUCCAAGUCACAGCCCAAGAAAGAAAUGAAGGCUAAAUCACGUUCUAGGUCUGCAUCUCACACCAAAUCUAGAGGCACCUCUAAAACAGAUACUAAAACACAGUAUAAGUCCAGCUCAAGAUAUGAAAAGGAACCGAGAAAAAAAGAACCAGCUAGAUCCAAAUCUCAGUCAAGAUCACACUCUAGAUCUAGGUCAAAAUCCAGAUCACGGUCAUGGACUAGUCCCAAGUCCAGUGGCCACUAGCAGUGUAAGCAUCUUGUUUUUAGGCAUGAAUUAUUCAUUUACACACAGUUCAGUUUUCUUAAAUUAUCAGGAAUAUGAUGUUGCAACAGUGCUAAAAAGAACUUCUCUUCUUGUCAGUUUUCCCUGUAGCAGGCAGUGGUUAUAAUUAAAAUAACAGUGUUGAGAAGCCACUAAGAGAGUCCACUUCGUGAAAUGUCAUGGGCAGCUAUUGAUUUGAUUGUGGUGUCUGUGUAUAUUUUUGUAAAGAUUUGCAUUUGUUGAUGCUUAAAAUAUUGGUGAUAACUUGAUUGAACAUAAUUUGCAACAUUGUCCUAUUACAAAUUUCACACCCAUAGAGAAAUUGGUACAAAUUGGUGUGGAGCAGUUAAACUAGGAGUUUAACUUGUUCUUCAGUAUUAAAAGUUUGCAAUAUGAAUGGAGAACUAGGCAGCUGUAGUGCAAUGCUGUCUGCUGUGAAAUAGACUGGCAACAUGUUUCCAUUGUUUAAAGAGAGGAAAUCUCUAUUUUUCAUGCCCACCCUACAGCAAGUAGACACAUGGUGUUGAAGUUUCUUGUUAACCCCACCAUCUGUAGAGAUGGUACUAACAUUGCAUAUAGUAUAUGGAGAGAGUCACCGUCUUGAGGAUUCAUGGGGGAAUCAUGCAGUGUCAUGACAGUUGUCAGGAGAGGGCUUCAUUGUUUUUACCCGACUGCUAAUAUUAGCUGUUUAACAAAAACAUAUACAUUUGAAAAUAUUAAGGUCACGUUUAAGCAAAUGACAGAGCAGCUACAAUAUUAGGUUAAUGUGUGUACAUUUUACUCAGUUUUUGUAUCCUAAAUUUUAGUGAGCAGUUAAUCAUAAAUUGCUUAGUUUCCUGCUGUUAGAUGCAAGUAGAUUGUUUCAAGUUGUGUGUGUACAGUAUAUAAGAACUAAACUUUUAUGCCAAUUACUCUUGUGGUUAGUUGGUGCAUUCAUAGAUAUCAAACUCUAGCCAUCUCUAUUUGUGAAUAACUAAAGGAUUGCUUUUACACUUCAAAAUUUGUCUAGUCUAACAAGCCUAAAUUACAUCCCUUCAUCCCGAGACUGGAUAGUGCUUUGGUUACAAGGUUUCAUUUUAAGUUACUUAAGGACAAAUCUUUCAAAUUGGGUGUGAUUUAGAACUGCUUCUCUAGCUAUUUUAUCACAAAUACAGUAUCUUGAGUAAACUAAUGUGAAAAAUAGUACAAUACCAGUAUGUAAUCUCACAAGUAUUUCUCUGGAAGGCAAGAUGUUUUUGUUAAGAAAAUAGCUUCUGGCUUUGAAUUUAAAUAGGAAAAAAACAAGCCAGUGUCAAAACACCUUAUGUUCCUUGCUGUCUAUAUAGUAGUGUAUGAAGAUGUUGGUGAAAAGUUUCCUUUUUAGAGAAUUACUUUUAGGUUUUGGUUUUAGUAAUUUCAGCAGGGCCAUUGAGGAAACAGACAGCAAUACUGGCUGUUGAAUGUGCUUAAGGGGUUGAUUCUAGAAUCUUUGUAUACUUGAUAGUAUUUCUAAUUUUUUUUCUUUACUCUUUGCAGUUAAUGUUCAUGUUCUGCUAUGCAAUCAUUUAUAUGCACGUUCCUUUAAUUUUGUAGACUUUCCUGGAUGUAUAGUUUAAAAACAACAAAGUCUAUUUAAAACUAGCAGUAGCGUGCAGCUGUAGCAGAGAAAAGUUGUGGGAUUAAACUUUGUAUUUUCUUUCAUAUAGGGGCUUCUAAAAAGGUAUUUUUAUAUGUUCUUUUUAACAAAUAUUGUGUACUACCUUUAAAACAUCAAUGUUUUGAUCAAAAUAACUAAAGACCCAGCUUAUUUUCUGCUUGCUGUAAAUUUAGCAAACAUGCUGUAAUAAAAAAAAAAUGAAGGAAA